CCAGCGCGCUCCAGCUGUGGCUCCAGCGCAGACCGGACAGCGCUGCUCUCUCUGACCGCCUUUGGAACGCUCUCUCCCGGACUGCAUCAUGUCUGCACCCGCGGGUCCGGAGAUGUACUCUAAACUCAUCGAUGAUGACGGACUUUACGACAACUUCACCGGGGAGCAGGGCUCCAGAGUCUCUCCGUCUGUGGCUGGUCGGCCACAAGGAAGAUCUGCUGCUAGUCCCGGUCUUAGUCCUGGUCCGGGUCCUGGUCCAAGUACCGGUCGGGGUCCUGGUCUGUACAAAGCCUCUGCCAUGGCUCUGGCUGCUCUGUGUGUGAUCCUGCUCAUCUGCGUCAUUGCUCUGUCCACCCACAAUCAGAAGACCCAGACGAGUGAAGGAGAGACCAUCCCUCAGACUGAGAAACAGAAACAGGAGGUGAAUGUGACAGAGCUUCUGUCCAUCAUCAGCAAACUGAAGGAGGAGAACCAGCAGCUCAGGGCCGAGCUCAACAGCUCCAAAGCUGUUCAGACCCUCCCUCCUCCUCUCCAGUGCCCUGCCAACUGGUUGCCUUUCAGUGGCAGUUGUUACUUUAUCUCCAGCCAGACCCGGACCUGGAGCGACAGUCAGAGUUACUGUAAUAGCCAGGGCGGCCACCUCGCCAUCAUCCUCAGUGCAGAGGAGCAGACGUUUCUGUGGGACCUUCUUCCUCGUGGUUACUGGAACUCGUUCUGGUUUGGUAUCACAGACUCUCACAUCGAGGACCAGUGGAAGUGGGUGGACGGGACGCCGCUGGUCGGAGGGUUCUGGGAGGAGGGGGAGCCCAAUAACCACGUGGACGAGGACUGUGGAUACAUCGUGAAGACUGAAGUUCUGACCAGAGUGGCCAUUCGCAGCUGGUACGAUGCCCCCUGCAGCAUGAGACUGCCCUUUAUCUGUGAGAAGGAAUGAACAACCUCCAACAGCCAAAACUAAAGAGCACCACCCAGACCGGAGCACACAAUUUGAACUAGGAGUCUGCCUUUUAUCUGCGAGGAAGAGUCACCAGGAGCGUCCACCACGAGCCUGAACUACACUGGAGCACCACCCAGAGUAAACCCACCGAUCUGAACCAUGCACCUGCCCAUCAUCUAUGAGAAAGAAGAACCAGGAGGAGCCAUCAAGAGCCUAAAAUAAACUAGAGCACCACCAAGACGGGAGAACCACCCAGAGGAAACCAACCCAUCAGAACCAUGAGUAUGCUCUUCAUCUGUGAGACAGAAGAGCCAGGAGGAGCCACCCAAACUAAAGCAGAGCACCACCCAAAGUGAACCAACAACCAGUUUGAACCAUGAUUCUGCCCUUUAUCUGUGAGGAGGAAAGGCCAAGAGCACCAACCAAGAGCCCAAACUAAACUGGAGCACCACCCAGAGGAAACCAACCCAUCAGAGCCAUGAUUCUGCUCUUCAUCUGUGAGACAGAAGAGCAGGAGGAACCACCAAGAGCCCAAACUAACUAGACUAGAGCACCACCCAAAGUGACCCAGACUGCUCACUGUGAGAGAAAUACAUUUUUAUUUUGUUAUAUAUUCAUUUUAUUUUUUAUUUUAUUUUAUUUUAGAACUACAUUAACAAAUGUCAGUGUAGGUGAAAUCUAUACAUUUGUUGUGUAUUUUUGUAAGAGCCUUUUUUAUAAAUCAAUUCAAUGUUUAGGUGUAUGACAAAGUGAUUUAAAUGUGGAAUUAACAGCACUGAGCUCACCAGAAAUCUAUUUCCCAUUCAUUUUUCCCAUAAACCAUAUAUUAAAAGUAAGGCUAAUCAGCUCUGAAACCUAUACUUUUAUUUCAAAUCUGUUUCUGAAACUUUAUAAACUGACAGGUUAUUAAAAGAUUUCACAGAAUCGUGUGUUUGAAUGUGCGUAUGUGAGUUUACACGUGAAUUCUUUUUGAAAAUGUUUGAAAAGUCGAUGGGAAAAAUGAAUGACAUGUGCUCAAUUGCUGUGUGUAAUUUUUGUUUGUGUGAAAUGAAAUGUAAAUAAUGAAUCAGAUUUUCUAUUUUUAAUUGUAACAUAAAAGUAUAUGACAAAAGUAUCCGCCUCCUCCUGUCAGUAAGCAGUUGUGGGUUAAACUCCCGACCAUAUGUAGGAAAUAUUGUGUCCAGCAGAUGGUCCUCAAAGCUAAGACAUUUUUCUAGGCUUUUACAGAAUAAAAUUCAGUUAUAAAACAA